AUGGAUGAUAUGCUUUGCCUCAAUAUUCUGGGGAAUAAAAUGCUGAGUCACAGUUUGGUGUUUCCUCGUUCCGAGGCACGAUCCAGGUGGCGUUCUUUUUCACCAAGAACGCCGCGUCAUAUUUCCUCAUUGACACUUGUAGGACCAAUCCUUUUUGUUCCUAUCCCAAAAUUGGUGAAAAGGAAUCCUUCAAAAACAUCUUUUAAGAGAUAUGAGGAUGAAAAGGGCGCGGUCGGGAAUGGUUCCUCGGUCACUCAAUCUUUUUUCUGGCACACAACUUGCGGAGCUUGGUUCAAGUUAUUCCACAAUAAAGUUAAAUAUAUUAUUAUUUGUUUUUGGGAAAUGUUUUUUUGAGCUGGAUAUGUUCUUAAUUAUGUCUCAUUUAAAAUCAACUUAUUGGAGUGAGGUAAUAUGAAAUGUAUGAGCUUAUCAAAUGUAUUAAAGAACUUAUAUGAUGUUUUAGGAGAUUAUAAGAUCUCAUAAAA